CCCCUUCACUUCCAAGACCCAGCUUGCGCCGCGUUCUCCCACUCUCCCCAGGCUUUCCUCUUCCCUUCUGGGCUCCCCCCAACACCACUAUAUAUUCUCUCCUCCAAAUCUCCUCAAGAACCACAAAAACCCUUUCUUCUUUACUCGCAUUUGACAGCGCUUAUUAUAUGUCUCAGAGGCUUUGCGUCCCCCACUCCUCCUCCAUAGCCUUCCGCCUCCACUCCCAUCUACUCGUUUCCAGUGAGAUGAACCGCGCCUCCUUCUGGUCUUAACCUUCUUCUUUCCUUUUUCGUCUUUCUUGCCCAAAGCAAAACCUUCAUUGUUUUGUAUAAACCUUCAAAGAAAGAAAGAAAGAAAAAGGAAAAGAUGGGUCUCAAGGGUUUCGCCGAAGGCGGCAUUGCUUCCAUCGUUGCAGGCUGUUCCACUCACCCUCUUGAUCUCAUCAAAGUCCGAAUGCAACUCCAGGGGGAGAAAAUCCACGCGCCCGCCCCACAGCCCAUCCACAAUCUCCGCCCAGCUUUCGCCACUGGGGGGACCACCACUCUCCACGUCCCAACGGGACAGCCGGCCCCGCCGAUUCGUCUGGGGGGACCCAUCUCUGUCGGCGCGCGCAUCCUCCAGACGGAAGGCGUCGCCGCAUUGUUCUCUGGCGUAUCCGCCACCAUGCUCCGCCAGACGCUUUAUUCCACCACGCGCAUGGGGCUUUACGACGUGCUCAAGCACGAGUGGACUGACCCGGACACGGCCCACAUGCCGCUGACGAAGAAGAUAGCCGCCGGCUUGAUAGCCGGCGCGGUGGGCGCGGCGGUGGGAAACCCCGCCGACGUGGCCAUGGUCCGAAUGCAGGCCGACGGGCGCCUCCCGGCGGCUCAGCGGCGCAACUACAAGAGCGUGAUCGACGCGAUCGCGCGCAUGGCGAGGCAGGAGGGCGUGGCGAGCCUGUGGCGCGGCUCUGCUCUGACGGUGAACCGAGCCAUGAUCGUGACGGCGUCACAGCUGGCGUCGUACGACGAGUUCAAGGAGAUGAUCCUGGAGAGGCACCUGAUGAACGACGGCCUUGCAACCCACGUGAUGGCGAGUUUCGCGGCGGGGUUCGUGGCGGCCGUUGCGUCGAACCCGGUGGACGUUAUAAAGACGAGGGUGAUGACGAUGAAGGUGGAGCCGGGGCGUGCCGCGCCGUACAGUGGGGCCCUGGACUGCGCUAUAAAGACGGUGAGGGCUGAGGGACCCAUGGCUCUGUACAAGGGCUUCAUUCCGACAGUGUCUAGGCAGGGACCUUUCACUGUCGUCCUGUUCGUUACGCUCGAGCAAGUCAGGAAGAUUCUGAAGGACUUCUGAUGUUGACGACGAUAUUAUUAACAUCGAUUUCUGGGUUAUUUUUUUAAAUCACUGAUUACUAUUCCCAAAAUUUUGUAGCUCAGAGUCAGAGGUUCUUAGAAGGAAUAAAUUACCAUGAAAUCUAUAUUUUUAAUGAA